AGGCUGGUGCGCGACCACGGCCAGAGCAACUGGUCCCUCAUCGCCAAGCACUUUUCGGGGCGCAUCGGCAAGCAGUGCCGCGAGCGGUGGCACAACCAGCUGCGCCCCGACAUCCGCCGCGAGGCGUGGGAGGGCGGCGAGGAACGGCUGCUGAUCGAGGCGCACAAGCGCAUCGGCAACAAGUGGGCCGACAUCGCCAAGCUGAUCCCGGGCAGGACGGAGAAUGCGGUCAAGAACCACUGGAACGCCACGCUGCGGCGCAAG